AUGCCGAAGGAUUCAUCGGAACAUCAAAAGAGUCCGUCAAGGUUUACAAGAUCUAUGUUUGUAGAUCCGAGGGCAUUUGUAAGGAGAAGUGUAUCUCCUGUAGAUCAAUUAUGCCAUUCUGUUGCAGACUUGCGAUUUGUUUCCUCCAACACCGAGACCCUGGAAUCUCGACUUCAAGCCUUAUCAAAGAAGUUUGAUAAUGGGUCAGAAAACCACGGUCAGGACACAGAUACGGUGGAAGACGUUGCUAAGACACAAUAUAUGGCAAAGAGCUUUGCUGGGCUUAUAGCUACAGCAAGCAUGUACGUUGGAAUAAAUGAAUUAGGAGAUAAAGAAGAGAAUGACGAGGAUGAAUUAGAGCUGAUGAACGAUGCAGCGUCUGUUCUUGAUACUAGUUCACAGGCUAACCAGACUUUGUUUGAAGUUUCUAUUGAAAUGAACGCUGAUGCAAUUUCGCAGAUCAGUACAGAUUCUAAAUCGAGAAAGGAAUUAAUCAGGGAACGGUUGAUAAAGAAAUUUCUUCCUAACGAUGAUGAGAAAUACAUUGAAGAAUACCCAUGCUGGCUGCUACGAGAUAUUAUGAUACAAGGACAUGCAUACUUGACUAACAAACACCUUUUUUUCUUCGCGUUCAUACCGAACUUUGAGUCGGAUUUCAAUGUCACUGGGUCGUUGCGUCUCAUCAGCGGUCACGUUUUGAGCAAAUCUCAUCGUUAUUGGGUGGUUUUGAAGGGUCAUACAUUAAGCUUUCAUAACUCUUCGACAGAUCUAUAUUUCCCCCUUUUGACUAUUGAUUUGAGAGAUAUUAGCAGCGUGCAAAUGACUUCAAGUGAGAACAACCCAACAAAGUUUGAAUUGAGUAUUAAAGAUCAGUCGCUGGUAUUGAAAGCUGACUCUUUCCAUUCUGCAAGACACUGGGUGAGUAGCAUCAAAAAACAGAUGUUUGCUUCUCAGCACUCUGAUACCAACACUAUGACUAUCAAAAUCCCUCUUCAAAACAUUGUAGAUCUUGAGGAAACUAGUAUUUUAGAUAAGAGUGGAACUUUAAGAAUAAAGGCACUAGAGAAUCUAUCAACGUAUGCCGUUGAUGAAUACUUCUUUGUAUUUUUCAAAGGUAACGCAAAUGCCAUGAAACAAAAGGUGAACUCUCUCUUAAAAGAUCUUGAAAUGAAUGGUUCUCAAAUAUUGGUAAACUUCAACAAGGUUGAUUCCCCGCUAGGUAUCAACGAAAAACUACCUGACUUAAAUUACGACGAUCCUAGUAAUGAGAACAACUUGGUGGAUGAUGCUGAUAUCAACUCAGCUGAAACUGACACCUUGUCACCUGGUACUAUGCAAUCUGCGUUGACAUUACAGCAAACAAGUUCCGCAUUUAGUCCUAGACAUUCAGCAUACCCACGAAAAGUUAAAAAGAAGCUUAAAUCUAUGGCUGGAAGCUUGAAACUGGGUUCACCCAGUAAAUUUACCAAACUGGAGGAUGACAUAAUUAUUGAACACUAUUCUCCUGGAUUAAUUAAUGAUCAAACUAUUGAUUAUGAUAAAGACUCAAAAUCCAUUAUUUCAAGGUUAACACCAAAAAAAUUUCAGAACGUUCCUCUGAUGUGGGCAGCUGACCCAGUGCAUUUCAAUUCCGAUGACGGUAUUGUCUUUCCCCUUGACGAUAAGUACACUGCAGAUGCGGAUAUCAGCAAUCAAUCCAACGUACGUUUCAGGCAGCAUUUCUCCUUUGACGAAACAGCGAACCUAGUAGCCAGUUACCAUGGAUACCUCAAUAGGAACGUUCCCAUAUACGGGAAGAUUUAUAUAUCGGACAAGAAUAUAUGUUUCCGAUCUCUUUUGCCUGGAGUUAGCACUAAAACGGUGCUACCGUUGGAGGAUGUUGAGAACUGCUACAAGGAAACGCGUUUUAGAUUUGGUUAUUUUGGUUUAGUAAUUGUUAUUCACGGUCAUGAAGAACUAUUCUUAGAAUUUGGUAACAAGAAUGCUCGAGAUGAUUGUGAGUUUGUGAUGAUUAAAGUCAUGGAUGCUGUAAGUAGUCAUCGGUCAACGCUAAAACGAAAGUCUACAGCUGAAGUUGUUCACCGCCUCUCAGAAGCUGCGAGUCUCAAAUUAUUAGAAGAAAAAAUUAGUGAACAAGGCUUUGAUAUUCCAUUAAUCGUUGAAAAAAACCCGUAUUUCACCACUGUAAUCAAACCUAGUAAAAGCUACAAAUUCGGAUUACUUACAAUCGGUUCAAGAGGUGAUGUACAACCAUAUAUUGCAUUGGCAAAGGGUUUGCAAGCCGAAGGUCAUGAAGUUAUUAUACUAACUCAUGGAGAAUUUAAGGAUUGGAUAGUUUCUCAUAAUAUAGGAUUUAGAGAAAUAUCUGGUAAUCCUGCAGAACUAAUAUCUUUGAUGGUACAGCAUGGAUCAAUGAACAUGGGUUUAUUGAGGGACGCUUCUACAAACUUUUCUACUUGGAUCUCAUCUCUGUUGGAUACAGCUUGGGAGGGAUGUCAAGGUAUAGAUAUACUAAUCGAAUCUCCUAGUGCCAUGGCAGGGAUACAUAUAGCAGAAGCUUUGAGAAUACCAUAUUUUAGAGCGUUUACUAUGCCUUGGACUAGAACUAGGGCUUAUCCACAUGCAUUUAUAGUACCAGAUCAAAAAAGAGGUGGCAACUAUAACUAUUUUACACAUGUUCUUUUCGAGAACAUCUUUUGGAAAGGAAUCAGUGGUAAGGUUAAUGAAUGGAGAGAAACCAAAUUAAAAUUGCCCAAGACGAAUCUAGUUUCGAUGCAGCAAAAUCGUGUUCCAUUUUUAUACAAUGUGUCUCCGAUAGUCUUUCCACCAAGUGUCGAUUUCAAUGAAUGGAUCAAAGUAACAGGUUACUGGUUUCUUGAUGAAAAACGGUCCUACAAACCCCCUGCAGAAUUUAUGGAAUUUCUCAACAAGGCUAGGGAAUUGAAGAAAAAAGUGGUAUAUAUUGGAUUCGGAUCGAUAGUAGUUAAUGACCCCGAAAAAAUGACAGAUACUAUUAUUGAAGCUGUACGAGAUGCAGGAGUUUAUUGUGUUUUGAAUAAAGGCUGGUCUAAUAGGUUUGGAGAUCCACUGGCAAAAAAGAUCGAUAAAGAGUUGCCAAGUUAUAUAUAUAAUUCAGGUGAUGUGCCACACGACUGGCUAUUCACAAAAAUUGAUGCUACAGUUCAUCAUGGCGGUUCGGGAACUACAGGCGCGUCUUUAAGAGCUGGUUUGCCUACCAUUAUCAAACCAUUCUUUGGGGAUCAAUUCUUUUACGCUAGCAGAGUUGAAGAUAUUGGCGCUGGUGUCGCUUUGAAAAAAUUGAAUAGGAGCUCGUUAGCGAAAGCGUUGAAAGAAGUUACCACUAACACGAGGAUCAUCCAAAAGGCCAGGCAAAUAGGUGAGAGUAUUUCUAAAGAGCAUGGGGUUGCUACGGCCAUAGGCGCAAUUUAUUCUGAAUUAGGAUACGCUAGAAGUUUGAUAAAAACCAAAAAUCCCGUUGAUGACAAAGAGAUGGAGGCUGCAAGCACAAAAUUAUCCAACGAUGCUGUUGUAACCGCGAAAGGAAAUGAAAAAGAAGAAUAUAGCAGUGAAGGCUCAGGAUCAAAUGAUGGAUCCUGGCUUCUGAUAUAA